AUAGUGAGCAGAGGGCAGUGGGUUUGAUGGGGAGAGGGUGGGGGGAGGAGGAGGAGGAAGAAGGAAGAAAAAAGCUAUCUCCAUGGGCAUAUUUUGUCUUGUCUUUGAAGCCAUAGUUUAAACGAUGAGACUCAUUCAUGCCCCACAGUGAUCAAAAAUAUGAAACACCAGAAAUGGUUUUGAGAAUUUUAGAUAUCUUUUCUCAAGUUGGAACUGGCCUUCUUAAGGGGUCCUGGACACCUUGGUCUUGCUUGGUGAAUUAAUUGAUGGAGAUGGAGAUAAGACAGAUUCAGCACCAGCCGCCUCAGUGGCUAAUGACUCCCUUGUGUACUGAAGCCAAGGACCAUCAAGGAAAAGACUGGACACAUGGAAAUUGCCUGUCUUAGACCACAGCAAGCAUUAGCUCCAGUGUUAACAUCCACCAAAUGGAAAGAAUGAUUUUACAGAAGAAAAAAGAUAUGAAGGAGAAACCUACUUCUAUGAUCCCCUAUGGGAAGGCAUUUAUGUCUGCUUUUUGGCUCUCUAAGGAUUCCCCUAAUACCAGGGUUGUUGUCAACACCAGGAAAUCAUCCACACCAAAGAAAGUGGUGUCUUUGGAAUAUUUACCAUACUUUAGAACAUACGAAGGUCUCUCUGAUGAACCAUCAACUUUGAAUUUGGGGUUCUGUCUCCAGGAAGAAGAAAUCACCAAGGCGAAAGAAUGCAGUAGUACAACCGAUGUUAGGCAUAAGGAGGACCAGAAAGACUUGGUUCCCUCCUUUGGAUUCUUUCCAUAUUAUCUAUCUCAGGAUGAAUUCUUAGGCAACCCACUUCUACAGAGCAGGUUAAAUAAAGCCCACAGGAUAAAACCCAGAAAUGAAGAAAAAAGAGGGGAUGCUAAUAGGAAGCUUACCAUUCCUAACCGUAGAGCCUCCUUGCUAGGUCUUAAACCAAAUUUUGAUCUCCAUUCCUUGCCCGAGAACUCUCCUCCAUGUAGCCCCCUUCUGUUCUUCUCCAGUGAAACCUCUGAAGAAAGCCAAGCGGAUGUUCCUUUGUUCAAUGGUGACACCAUAUACUCUGCAGGGUUUGUUCCCUAUCAUAGAACUGAAGAAGCUCUCCGGCUGAGCCCCAUCCCAAUAAUUCUCUCUUCAGUUCCCAGAGGUCAUGAGUGGGACGGCACUGAGAUAAGGGAAAGGAACUGGGUGGUACCGACCUACCGUGAGGUAUGUCAGAAACAUAUCAAAUCUUAGAGAAUCCAGAUUUCCUUCUGACAAGAUCAGGAAGGAUUCCAGAAAUGUGGCUAUUUCUCCAACAACAGUUGUGAUAUCAGCAUGUGGCAAGAAAAAAAUAGCAGAGUGGAAGCCACGAAACAUCUGGAAAGGAAACACAGGGAGGGAGCUUUGUCCAUCUGUGUUUCAAUAUUGAGAAAAGAGAAGGAACCUGAUCUGAGGCUUAUGAACAUGAAAGAAAAGGGGGAAGAAAUGCCUGCAUUUCAUCUCUUUAUGCCAAAGUGCACAAUGGUUCAACUCCAGAGAGGAACUGAGAGCUGGCUCCAGGGGUCUAGCCACACAUUCAAGUUAAAAACAAUUAAAAAACAGAAGCUGCUAAAUAGCAGAUCUUCACCAUCUCUCUCUCUGUCCUCCUCCAUGUCUCCCUUUACUCCUCAAAUUUCAGCAAUGAGUGAACAACCACAGGUUGGGCAGAAGGAUCUCAAAACACCAAACCGUCUGGUAGGGUAACAGACUUAGAUCUUUCAUCUCUGAGAGAAUGUGCAUUGGGAUCACUGAUUUGACAGUGACAUACCCUAGAAUCAUGAGAACCUAGUCUAUUACAACUUGAAUUAAAUCGUGACUUUUAAUUCCAGCUUCUUCCUUAUGUGGUAGCAGUGAGAACCCACUUCGCAGAGACCCUUAAAUCUAUUUCCAAUGCCACUCUGAACACCUUUGUCUUGAGAAGAUGCCAGAUCACAGCCCAUAUUUAAAAAAAGAUGAAGGUAAUUGAAGCAUAAACAAGAUCGAUUUCAUUAAGUUAAUUUCUCUGAUUUGCUAUGAUUGUUAUGAUUAGGAUAACCCUUAAAUAGAGUCACUUGGAUACUUGGACUGCUAGGUCUUACCCUGGCCUUUGACUGGGGAUUUGGAUGAGACUGAAUGCCUUAACCAUUUUUUUAAAUUAAAAAAAAAUAAAGAUAGCACCAGGACUGAAAAGCAUUUAGAGCCACAUUAUUUUCAUAAAUAAACAAUCAUGUUAACCACAAAGGUCAGAUUGAGUCAGUUUCUUUCAUUGUAUGGCUUGAUAUUCGUAUUGGAAACUUCAACUGUCCUGUAGCUAUUUGUGUGGUUGGCCCUUUUCAUCUUUGCCUGUCUCUCCCCAACUUAUCUAUUUUUCACUUUUAUUCACUCACCAUUUUUCCUGCUGGAGGAAAAUAUGGGAGACUACAACUCUGAAUAUAUCUGCUAGGAAGUAUUCAUUGAUUUUCUUUCUUCAAUAAAUGUUUUACCAAUGGCCUCUUUA